AUGCGUUCGCAGAAGAUGAUGCGCCGAAAGAAGAAUGUGAAGAAGGGAAUUCAGUUUUGUUUGAUGGUCUGUGGUGCCUCGGGAACAGGCAGAACGACCUUCGUCAACACUCUCUGCAGCAAGAGUGUGCUAGCACACAAGGAGUCCGAUGAUGCAUCUGCUGCCCACAUCGAAGAUGGCGUCAAGAUUAAACCCAUCACCGUUGAGCUCGAGUUGGACGAGGAGGGUACUCGUAUCUCCUUGACCAUUGUCGACACCCCCGGUUUUGGUGAUCAAAUUGACAAUGAGGCAAGCUUCUCAGAGAUUGUCGGAUACCUCGAGAGACAAUAUGACGAUAUCUUGGCAGAGGAGUCGCGUAUCAAGCGAAACCCCAGAUUCAGGGACAACCGGGUACACGCUAUGCUGUACUUCAUUACUCCCACCGGUCAUGGUCUCCGCGAACUCGACAUCGAACUGAUGAAGCGUCUUGCUCCCCGCGUCAACGUCAUUCCAGUCAUCGGUCGAGCCGAUUCACUGACACCUGCCGAGCUCGCCGAGUCCAAGAAACUGGUUAUGGAGGACAUUGAGCAUUACCGAAUCCCCGUCUACAAUUUCCCUUAUGAUAUUGAAGAGGAUGAUGAAGACACUGUCGAAGAAAAUGCCGAGCUUAGGGGUCUCAUGCCCUUCGCCAUUGUUGGCUCCGAGGAUGUUAUCGAGAUCGGCGGUCGUCAAGUUCGAGCCCGGCAGUAUCCGUGGGGUGUCGUCGAAGUUGACAACCCUCGCCAUUCCGACUUCCUGGCUAUCCGGUCUGCUUUACUUCACAGCCAUCUUGCCGAUCUCAAGGAAAUCACUCAUGACUUCUUGUACGAAAAUUACCGUACCGAGAAGCUUAGCAAGAGCGUUGAAGGUGGUGCUGGAGUUGAUUCUUCCAUGAACCCCGAGGACCUGGCAUCUCAGUCCGUCCGCCUAAAGGAGGAGCAGCUUCGCCGUGAAGAGGAGAAGCUCCGUGAGAUAGAGGUCAAGGUCCAGCGCGAGAUCAACGAGAAGCGACAGGAGCUUUUGGCUCGCGAAUCCCAACUUCGCGAGAUCGAGGCAAGAAUGCAACGUGAGGCUGCCGCCGUUGCCACUUCAGGAACACCAGAGGCAAAUGGCGACCACGAUGGAAAUUAAAUGGCCUAGCACCUACGUCUUUUCUACCCACGUCCGUUAUUGUGGACUGUCGG